GAAAUUUCGCUCGUCUCAAGCCCUCAUCUUCAAUCUGGUGUGGUUAGAAAUCCAAGAUGGCGGGUUCCAGCGUAGUUGUUGUGCCUCGCAAUUUUCGCUUGCUUGAGGAACUUGAAGAAGGACAGAAAGGCGGAGACGGCACAGUUAGCUGGGGUCUAGAAAAGGACGACGAUAUGUCUUUAACCUACUGGAAUGGAAUGAUUCUUGGUCCUCCUAGAACACCUUAUGAAGGCCGAAUAUACUCACUGAGGAUUGAAUGUGGCACAAAGUAUCCUGUUGACCCACCUAAACUUCGGUUUGCCACAAGAAUUAACAUGUCUGGAAUAAAUGCAAAAGGCGAGGUUGAACCAAGGAUGUGUAAGGUGUUAGCCACUUGGAAUAGACAACACAGUAUCAAAGCUGUUCUCCUUGAGCUGAAGAGAAUGAUGAGUCUAAAAGAAAAUUCAAAGCUUUCUCAGCCACCAGAAGGAAGUACCUAUGAUUAGAACAUCUAAAUUAACUUUUUACCUGUUUUGGCAUUUCUCAGUUUAGUGGCAGUGCUGUGUUGCAAAAAAACACAUUGCAGAGGCCAGGAUUUGCAUGUCUUUUUAAAAGUAAUUCAACCCUGUGCAUGUUUCUAGGGGAACUUGUACAGCUCUUAGGAACCUGAAAGGACUUCAAUCUUGUUUUUGUUCCAUUUCCUGAUGUUUUGAGUCAAUUCUUGAUUCCUUCCUGAAAUACGUUAAGAAUAACAGUAUAUUUACAGUGCCAUGGAGUUGAUCAGCAGUCGUGUGCAGUGUCUUUACGCACUUGCCUUUCACGUGAAGCUACUGGUAGUCACAAGUUAGCUCACAAUAGUUUUUGUUGUAAACUGCAGGAUAUAUUCUCAGCUAUACUUAGCUAGGAUAUUUUGGUCAUUUUUCAAAACAAAUUUAGAAAGUUGUAUACUUCUGUUACUAGUGUACUUGUGGGUUGUUUAAUGGCUGUUUUGUGCUACAUGUAUGUGAGUUAUAGUGAGACUAAUGUAUUAAAGUGUUGCUUUUUCAGUUAUUUUGUUUUUCAGUUUAGUAUUGUUAGUAAUAGUCAGAAGAUAGGUAAUUGUUAUAGAUUCAUAUAAAUGACUGGAUGUGUUUCCUUUUAGCCAUGGAAACUAGUUUACACUGCAGGAUUGAUUCUCCAAAUGUCUUUUUGUGAAUCUUUCUGUUUUUGACACAAGGUUCAAGUUCUUUCUUUAAAGAAGGAUAAGAAGGUCAGAUUUAUCAAAUGAUACAAAAGGAAAAUGUCACUCAUUUUUGCCGAGAGCCUGCAAUCAUGCAGUUUAAGGUUGCAUAAUGCUUCUAGAUCACCAUCCAAUGUAUUGCAGUAUCAAGUGGAUGGUGAUUUACAUUUGUAUCUGCUUGGAAAGUGUUUUCCAACCAGUGAACAACCAGAGCCAGUAAACCUUUCAUUCAUACGUACAGUUGUACAACAGACAAUCAAGUGACUUGCCAAAGCAAAUCCUCUGUAGGAAUAAAGAUGGUGACUGCUACUUUGUAGUGCACAAAAACCUUACCAAUGCACAGUAAACCAGACCACAUGUACAGAAAAGUUCCAAAAACUUCAGACUUAGCGUACUCAAUGUCAUUUCAGGGACAAAUAUUGCAAAAAUAUGGUUUUCUUUGUGCUUAAUGGCCUGUGUUGGGUUUGCAAGUGACUGUGGUAAAAUGUACAGUCGCCAUCUUUGUUUUCUAUGGAGGACUGCGGUAAAUGAACAGAUGUACACAUAAAAAUGAGAUUGCAAAUGGCUGUUUCACAAACAUCAUGAAGUAUGUCACCAUAUUAUGUAAUAGCCCUUUCGCGGUUAAUUUUUCAUAAUCAUUUGUAUAAAAAUAUGUUCUACCCUGAGAGGCAAUUCUGGCCAAUUGUGUGAUUUUGGUUUUUUUGCAGUUUUAAUUUUUAGUACUAUGCAGAUAAGAAAAAUGAACUGUGAAAAGGGCUAAUAAUGUAGUGACCUGACGCUAAGGCUGGUUUUCAGGAAGAUGCCACAGGUGUGGGUAGAAGCACUAGCAUAUGCAUGAGCAUAAACAUGAAGGUCCUCACAGUGGACCAUAAACAUGAAAAGAAGGUGGAAUUGAUUUAUUCACGAGGAAUCACACAGGCAAGAGCUUCAGCAAAAGCAACAGAAGAUAAAAGCAAGUGGAAGUUGACAUGCCUGUCUGUGCUCUUGUUUAUGACUCCUUUUGGCCAUGUUUAACAUACCAGAAUUCUAACAUGACCCAGAGGCUUUCGGCCUAAAUUGUAGAUUUUCUAAGAUUCUUUUGUCUUGUAAAUCUCAUACUUGAU